AUGGCCGGAAAUUUUGACGCAGAAGACCGUUCGAGUUGGUACUGGGGUAGGCUGAGCCGCCAGGAAGCCGUUUCUCUCUUGCAGGGACAGAGGCACGGCGUUUUCCUGGUUCGGGACUCCAUAACCAGCCCCGGGGACUACGUGCUGUCGGUGUCUGAGAACUCCAAAGUGUCUCAUUAUAUCAUCAACAGCAUCAGUAAUAACCGACUAUCCGGUUCAGCCGCUAUUCCACCUCUGGGUCUGGCUCCUCCACGAUUCCGGAUCGGGGAUCAGGAAUUCGAGGCCCUGCCAGCGCUUCUGGAGUUCUAUAAGAUCCAUUACCUGGACACCACCACCCUCAUAGAGCCCAUCACCAAAUCCAAGCACACAGGAUUUAUCAGCUCUACGGCUGGCGUCCCACCACCGCAGCCCGAGGAGGCAGAGUUUGUCCGGGCGCUCUUUGACUUCCUGGGCAAUGACGACGAGGAUCUGCCGUUCCGCAAGGGGGACAUACUUCGUGUUCUGGAGAAGCCUGAGGAGCAGUGGUGGAAUGCCGCCAACCAGGAGGGACGUGCCGGGAUGAUCCCUGUCCCUUACGUAGAGAAGUACCGGCCUGCCUCACCCACGGCAGCUGGCUCGGGCAUUCCCACGGGACAAGUCGGGGGUAUGUCGGCUGACGGAACGGGGCCCCCCCUAGCACAGGGUGACCCGGGCCAGUAUGCCCAACCAGUGGUCGCCACCCAGCUCCCUAACCUACAGAACGGACCGGUGUACGCCCGGGCCAUUCAGAAGAGGGUGCCCAAUGCCUACGACAAGACAGCACUGGCUCUGGAGGUGGGUGACAUGGUAAAAGUGACCAAGAUCAACGUGAACGGCCAGUGGGAGGGCGAAUGCAAGGGCAAGCGCGGCCACUUCCCCUUCACCCACGUGCGACUGCUGGAACAACAACACCCAGACGACGAGAGCUGA